GGAAUAUUGGUUGGGCUGGCUCUAUUUAGGGCUAUUUAUUUUGGACUUGGGGGCCAGUGAUCCACUUUACUUCAGCUCUUUCCUCCUUUCCUUCAUCAUGUCAGACAAAGAAGAUGAGAAAGCAUUCUUGCCACCCCCGGCUGCUCAUCGUGCUGAAAAGAACCACCCUUCUUCCUUGAUUGCUAUCGUUGUUGCAUUUUACUUUGUCAUCUCGCUCUCGGUAGUGUUCCUGAACAAGUACAUUCUCAGCUCAUCUAAAUAUGAAUUCCCUUAUCCUCUGUUCGUUACUUGGUUCCAACUUGUCGUCGCUCUGGUCGUCAUUUUUAUCUGGGCCGAACUUGGAAAAUCCUACAAGACCUUCAGUAUCAUCCCUCCUUAUGAAUUCGACACUGCUCUCGCAAAGAAGAUUGCUCCCUUGACCUUUAUCUACGUUAUGAUGUUGGCCUUGAACAACCUUUGCCUCAAGUAUGUUGAGGUUACCUUUUACCAGGUUGCCCGAUCCCUCUCUAUCAACUUCACCAUCUUGUUCACCUAUCUCAUCCUUGGACAAAAGACGUCUCCAUCCGCUCUCUUGGCUUGUUUCAUUGUGUUCCUUGGCUUUGCCAUUGGUUCUUAUGGAGAAAUCAACUUUUCAUGGGCCGGUAUUUUCUAUGGUGUCGGUUCGUCUGCCUUUGUUGCCUUGUACGGUAUCUACGUUAAGAAAACCUUGAGUGUUGUCGACAACAACCAAUGGCGAUUGCUUCACUACAACACCACUCUUGCUAUUCUUAUGCUCGGUCCUCUUGUUCUUUUGUCGGGUGAAGUCAACGAAAUCUUAGCGAACGUUGAUUUCUUGGACAACGUUAACUUCUGGGCCCUUAUGACUCUGACCGGUGUGACUGGAUUCGGUAUCAACAUUGCUAUGUUCUUGCAAGUCAAGUACACCUCUGCUCUUACAAACACGAUAUCCGGUACUGCCAAGAGUUGUGUCCAGACUAUGCUAGCUGCCAUGAUCUUCCAGAAUACCAUUACUGUUUUGAACGGUGUUGGUAUUCUUCUUGCUCUGUUUGGCUCUGGCUACUAUUCUUAUGUGCGAUACAACGAAAUGAUGAGCAGAUAACUGCCCUCCCCCACAUUGUUAUUCCCCUCCCUCCCCCCGACCAACCCGCCAAGAGGAGUCGACUCUCCGUUUUAUCCAAUCAACGCGAAACAUUAUGAACAUUGUAAAAGUACAACAGUUUACAAACAUCCAUCACUUUUUUUUUCUCCCCCUCCCCAUUGUUAUCGUAGGGUCAAAGCGACA